AUGUCCUUCUCUAUCCGGCAAUAUUCAGUAGAUUCAUUCAUUCCAUUGAAUUCAAGACCGUCUUCAAGUAGACGCCUGGGAACUGCCAGACCGACCACUACAGCAACAAGUGUCGCGGCUCAAGAGAUUGUCUGCGCUGUGAGUGAAUCACGAGGAAUCUCAUCCACAGUUGGUCUGGCUUUUGUCAAUCUCGUCACAGCCGAGGUUGUUCUAUGUCAGUUUUGCGAUAGCCCAACCUACGUGAAAGCCGUCACCAAGAUUGCCGUGUUUGAGCCAAGUGAGAUCCUAUUCAUGAACACCGCCAAUGAUUCCAAGCUGCGCCGGAUGAUCCAAGAAAAUUUGUCAGAUCCCAUAUUCACUUUCUUGGAUCGCAGAUACUGGUCAGACAAAACAGGGUUGGAAUACUUAAAUCGACUGUCAUUCCCAGACGAUGCCGACUCACUGAAACUAGCUUUGUGUGGAAACUACUUUGCCGCCUGCUGUUUUGCUGCGGUAUUGAAGUAUGUUGAAUCGGAGCUUCAACGUACAUUCGUGUCUCACUCCUUACGAAUCAAGUUCGAGCCAUCCGAAGGGUCCAUGACAAUUGACCUACAAACCAUCGUUUCCCUUGAGUUGAUUCAAAACCUGAACAAUGCCAAGUCCCGAGAUAGCCUUUAUGGCUUGCUUAAUGAAACACUCACACCCAUGGGAGCAAGGCUACUCCGAGCGACCAUUCUUCAGCCUUCCGUUCAGAGGGUCAAAUUGACGGCCAGGUAUAAUGCGGUGGAGGAUCUGUCAACCAAGGAAGAUAUGUUUGUGUCUGUUCGAGAGGCCUUAAAGGGGUUCAUUGAUGCCGAUAAAGUCCUCAGCUUGGUCGUUCAGGUCCCUACUAAACAGACCAUCCAGUAUGUCGAACAGUCUGUCAACAACGUAAUAAUGCUCAAAACAUACGUAUCGGCCAUCAACAAGAUAUAUCAGGCGCUCGGUGCAGCCGAUAGCGAGCUUCUCAUGAGUAUUCGCGAAUUAUGCCGUCCUGCGGGCCAUCGCGCUGUCGAGGAGCUCAUCAAUAGUGUGUUGAAUGAGCACAUCACCUACCAAAGCAAACCUCUUGAUCUUCGGAAUCAAAGAAUAUACUGCGUUAGAGCUGGUGUGAAUAGUCUUCUCGACGUGGCAAGGCAGACUUACAAGGAGGCAAAUGCUGAUGCCGCGGAGCUUGUCGCAAAGCUAGCAGAAACAUGUGACAUCGAACUGGAUCUCAAAUACGACUCUGCCCGCCAGUAUUACAUUUCGCUUCCUUGCAACGAUACGGAGAUCCCUGAGAUUUUCAUCAAUGUGUAUCGGAAAAAAAAUCACCUCGAAUGCCAAACUCUUGACCUGUUGAAAAUCAAUCAAAAAAUCACAGAUGCUCAUAACGAAGUGAUUGGGCUUAGCGACGAGACAAUUCAAAAGCUUCUCCAUGAUGUCUGCUCAGAGAUUUCAGGGCUCUUCCGAAUCAGUGAAGGGAUUGGCAUGAUUGACAUGUUGGCAGCAUUUACUCAACUAGCAAUGAAUAAUGAUUAUAUUCGCCCAGAGCUGACGAAUACCCUGGCCAUCAAGGCUGGGCGCCACCCUAUUCGGGAGCAAAUCCAUGCACGACCAUUCAUUCCGAACGACGCUUAUGCGACACCCCAGACCCGUUUUCAGAUUAUCACCGGCUGCAAUAUGAGUGGCAAGUCUACUUACAUCCGAUCGCUGGCCUUGAUGACGGUCAUGGCGCAGAUUGGGUGCUUCGUACCGGCUCAGUAUGCAUCCUUUCCGAUUGUUCAUCAGCUUUUUGCCCGUAUAGCAACAGCCGAUGAUCUCGACGCCAACGUCUCAACAUUCGCUGCAGAGAUGCGUGAAAUGGCCUUUAUUCUGCGUAACAUUCAGGCCCAAGGCAUGGUCCUCGUUGAUGAGCUUGGGAGAGGAACAAGCACAAAUGAUGGACUCGCUAUUGCCGUUGCGCUGGCUGAAGCCUUACUUGCCAGUAAUGCAUUUGUAUGGUUUGCGACGCAUUUCCAUGAUCUAGCCCGAAUAUUUUCCGAGCGGAGUGGUAUUGUCAAUCUACAUCUGGCUGCUGAUAUUACUCCCGAUGCAGCCAAAAUGAGUAUGCUGUAUCGCAUAGCGGAGGGUCCUGUUCCAGACCGUCGAUACGGCAUUGCACUCGCCAAAUUGGUUGAUCUUCCACCUGCCAUCCUCGAUGUCGCUACCACGGUCUCAGAGGCUCUUGAUGAAAUUAGUCAGCGUCGAAACAGUCCAUCGCGUGCUAUCUGCAUCGCUCGAAAAAGAAAGCUGCUACUCUCUCUUCGUGAACAGCUUGUUAUCGCUCGUGAGGGUAUAAUGGAUGAUGACUCUCUUCGACGUUGGCUAAAGAAGCUUCAAGAUGAAUUUCCAGCUCAAAUGGCUCGUAUUGAUCAGGAUUUUCCACAAAUUGUUGAAACCGGUAGCGAGUCUGUGCAGCCACCCCAAUCUCGAGGACUGUCAUUGUUGUCUGAGCCUAAACAAGAUGAUUCGAUGCAAGAAGAUGAGAUGCAAGAAGAGGAGAGAUCAUUCCAUCAACAUAAUUCUGCCUCGAGUCCGAUUGUAAUCGAUUCGGAUCCUAUUAAAAACGAUUCGAACACUGACUCCGAUACUGACAGCCAGGAGACCGACUCAGAUUAA